AUGCGGUUCCUACCAGGAAGGCAUGGGAAAGCCCAGCCAUCGUUCAUGCUAAUUCUGAUCCUUUUGAUCGCCAUUGUUGCUCGGGUUUCUGCAGAACCAGCAGGCGAUGCGACAACGACCGACGCUGCAGACGCCGCCCAGACCACCGACGAUCCCUCCACCACUGAUAAUGCCGCUAGCGCAACCACGACCUCGUCCGAGUCCUCAUCAAGCUCAACAUCGGAAUCCACAUCUAGUUCAUCUUCGACGUCCAGCACUUCUACCAGCAUGGAUUCCACGACGACUUCCUCGUCCUCGUCGUCCUCUUCCACGUCCUCCACGUCCUCCACGAGCGACAGUACCACCACAACCUCGUCUGUUUCCACAACAACGGCAUCAACAUCAUCGUCCUCCACUUCCACGGCCGCCGCCAUCGUGACUGUACCCCCCACCGCGAAUGCGCCUUACAUGCAAACGUCGAAUACACCCGAAGGGACCGUCUUCAUUGCUGUCGGCGCCAUCCUGGGCUUCAUCGGGCUCGCUGUUUUGGCCUGGCGCGGAAUGGUCGCAUGGUCAGUAAACCGCUCCGUGCGGCGCGCUGCCCUAGCAUCCUCAGAAUCAAAGCGACUCUUGCGCAACAGCCGGAAGAAGCGAUCUACAGUCUAUUCCGCCGCCCCCGCCGCCGACGUCUCGCUAGAAAAGCUUGGUGCGGCAACUCGGGCAAGCUACAAACCUUCUAAGCGAGUGCCCAGCUCGAACAGUGGGCUGUUCUUUUCGCCUACUGCUGGGGGUGCUGGAUCGCACCACAGUCUUAAUAACUCAACCGGGAAUCGUGCCUCGACCUAUCUCCCUCCUGGAUACUACACUGCUGCGGGAACUUCUACGCCAAACAGAGAAGCCAGCGGUUCGCAGGCCAACAUUUAUUCCCCGACCGCCGGUCUCUCCUCCCCUCCAGGAUACCCUCCCAGUUCGCCAUCUGUUGCACCUACUAGUGGCUAUCACGAGACUUCACAUGCACGUCACUCCUACGUUGGUGCAUCGACAAGCUCGUUGAACCUGAGCCAACCACCACAAGGUCGCGCCCCAAGCGCCUAUCUUGAAGACCUGUUCGAAAGCCAUACAUCCCCUCGUCAAUCCGACUCUGGACACCGACCUUACUCAGGUCGCUGA